AUGUCCGGGACGUCCGCGACGUCCGCGGCGCGCGAGCGCGCGCUCGGCGCGCUCUGGGGACGCUCGCGGGAUGGAUGGAUCGAUGUCCCGGGCGCGGGUGUCGGCACCAUUUUCCUGCGACCCGUCGACGCGGACGCGGGCGACGACGUCGAGCGACGGGACGUCCCGGCGGUGUGCGCGACGUUGGCCGUGUUCGCGAUCACGGGGCAUAAUCCCAUGGGAAGGGCGCGGGAGGGGUGGAUGAACGUCGAGGCGAACGCGGCGCUCGCGCGGGCGCUCGCGCGGAGCGGCGCGAAGGCGACGUGGAAGAGCUUUGGGUUCUCGAUGGAUUGGCGCGAGGAUGGAUUCGCGUGUGGGUUUGAAGAUAGAACGCGUGGACGAGCGACGAUGGUGGCGCUGGGACGGGCGUUUGAGCAGGGGGCGAUUUACGAGUACGCGGCGGCGGCGGAUGGGAAACGGUUGAUACGGACGACGGUGCCGUGCGCCAUGGGUGAGACCGUGCGGGAGGUGACGGACGUCGUGGUGUGCGACGCCCCUCCUGGGUUUAUCGACGUGCCGUGGGGGUCGUCUACGUAG